AUGGCUCACACCAUCGGAGUCUUCCAAGCCCUCAUCGCCUUCCCCGUGAUGAUACACGCGGGAGUAUUCACAUUUUGGUGUUUAACGCUCGAUGCCAAUUUUACGAUUUAUGAAUUCGUAAACGCCCUCUCAAACGCUUUCUUCUCUGCUUCGAUAUUGUUCAUCAUCAUCACGCAACGCGGGGGAAAUAGUGGGGAUAUUAGUAAAGAAUUCAUGGUCUGGUUGGAAAUGGCAAAAAGUGGUUUUGCUAGUGCGGUGUGGCUUUGGUUACUUGUCGAUAGCAUCUUUGGUCCCGUCCACAACUUCUACAAUCAACCGCCGUCCCGAACGCCCCGAAUUGCACAGGCGAUUAUUAGUUUUCUUGGUUUACCGUUUCUCUUCUACCCCACUCUCGCCUUCGCUAUCUACGAUCUCAAAAGAAGUCGAAAAUCUGAACUGGAUAUGAGUGCACGCGUAGCAGGAAUAGAAGUGGAAGUAGAUGAAGAAGCUGCUGCAGGAGAGAGAUCGCCUCUGUUGAGUAGAGAGUAA